CUGCCGGCCCGCCUGCCUGCCCGCCUCGGGCUCUCCCUGCGGGGCGGUAGGGGGAGUGGGGCUGGAGGAAGGGAGGGAACAGAUGCGGCCUCCGAGCGGAGACCGGUUCCGCGCGUCCUAAGCCGAGGCCCCUGAGCCGGCGCCGUAACCGCGAGGGACGAAGACCAGCGCGGAGCAGCGCCCGCCCGGCCCCGGAACGCGCGCCCCGGCUCGCCGCCCAGACACGGACGGCACGGUCCGCCCCGGCCCGAGUGCCGCGCGGUCUCAGACCGGCCGGCGACCUCGGCGCCUCCGCAAUCCCGGCCGGCUCCCGCGCGGGCCCCGGCGCUCCUCUCCGCCGCCGCCGCCGCCGCCUGUGCCUCUGCCUCCCCCUCUACUCCGCUGCGUCGGCGACCCCACCCCGGACCCCGGACCCGACCCCGCCCGCGGCCCCGCCAAACUCGGCCGCGGCCCGGGCCCUGGCCCCGGAGGCCCAGCCGUGGGUACGAUGCUGCCCAGCUCCAUCCAGAUAUCGGGGGAGCCGCUGUCAGGCGCCGAAGUGCGGGACAUCUGCCGCGGCCUGCGCGACAACGCCGUGCGCCUGCUCUCACUGCGCGGCUGCCGUCUUUGCGACCGCGACUUCGGCCGCAUCUGCCGGGCCCUGGCCGGGGCCACGUCCCUGGCGCAGCUCAACCUUAACCUGGGCGUCGUGUCCAGCCCCAGCCGCAUCAAGCAGCUGGCGGAGGCGCUGCGGACCAACCGCUCCAUCCAGUCCCUCUUCCUGCAUGGGAGCCCUCUGACAGAUGCGGGGCUGGCCUUGCUGAAUCCAGCUCUGGCCCUCCACCCUGCCCUCGUGGCUCUGGACCUGGGGGACUGCAUGCUGGGUGAUGAAGCCAUCAACCUCAUCUGUGGCCUUCUCCCCCCUGAUGGGGCCAAGUCUGGUGACCACGUGGCAGCGAUGCUGGCUGUAGCUGUGGCCUCCAGCCGCACCUUAGAGGUCCUAGACUUGGAGGGUACAGGGCUCACCAACCAGUCAGCUCAGACCCUGCUGGACAUGGUGGAAAAUUACCCCACAGCUUUGCGGAGUCUGGUGUUGGCUGAGAACAGCAUUAGCCCGGAGCUGCAGCAGCAGAUCUGUGACCUCCUCUCUGAGGGGGAGGAGGAGGAGGAGGUGGCAGGAGGGGCUGGCGACACCCAGGAACGAGAGAGAGGGCGGGAGCCUGCUGCCCACCAGAGGGGCAGUAGCUCCUGGAUGUGCCCCAGUGAUCCCAGCUCUCAGAUGGUGCUAAUGACGUCAGGACUAGGGGACAGUCUGUUGGCUGAGACGGAGAUGUGACUCUCCAUUCAGGCUUCUGCGCGUCAUUACAUUUGCAUCUCCAGCACUUUGCCCCAGACGUCAGGGUCAGGCCCUGGGGCUUAGGAGGGUGGGGGGUUGGUGUGCCUGGGGCUCUGGCAGCUCCUGGCAGCAUGGUGGGAGGCUCUGGAAGCUGUGACUAAACAAAAUCGUUGGGGGCACUGGAACCCAAGGCAAUGCUGGACUUGUGGGCAGCUCUGGCUGCAGCCCGCUGGCUCGGAAGAGAUUUUAUGAACUCGACAACCUGACGUGUGGCUCUGGUCACUGGGGGCUGGUAGCGAGGGAGGAAUUGGAAUUACCACUACACAUCACUAGGAGGCAGUGCCACCCCACGGCCCAAGCUCCAGGCGGCGUCCACUGGCCCCAAAUGUCUCAAACAGGUCUGGCUCAGGUCUCUGACUUACAGGACCUGGGGUUCUGGGGUGACACCUUACACAGGCCCUGUAAGGAUCGUAACUGAGGUAAAGAGCCCCCCCGAGCUGGGCUGGACUCUACCUCAAGGAGAGACUCAGGGGCCCUGCCAGGGUUACUUGAGGUACACCCUCUCCCUCCACCUGAUGCUCUGUGCACAGGGAAGCCCCAGGCAGAACAG